GAGCGAGGGACGCCUUCUCGCCUUCUGCUGCUCCACUCCACUCCUCUCUGAUCUGAUGUGACGCCUGCCUCGUAAACCGAGUCGACCAACCAUUACUAAAUCUUCCCUCUUCCGUGCUCUCCGCCUUCCACUGCUGGUUCCUUCCUUCCUUCCGAUUCAUGGUCAUGGCCUUCUGGGGGGUGGUAGUGCAUCCCGGCGAGCCGUACAUCCAUGAGCCCUCCCGCGGCCGCCGCCUCAAGAUCCGCCAGGCUAUGCUAGGCGAUUAUGGUGAUGCAGGUUGGAGCUUGCUAGAGUGCAAUGUUGGUGAUAAGGAGCCCGUGAGACUCUGUGCAUUGAAUCCUACAGAUGCUUUCAUGUGCCAUCUAAAGCUAGAAUAUGAGGAGAAGGAAACUGUCAUCCUCACAGUUUCUGGGAAUGGCUCUAUUCAUUUGUCAGGAUACUAUAUCCAUUCUUGCAAUGGUGAUCAUGGCCACUGUAGUGACAAGCUCACUCGUAAAUCUGCAAGUGUUACAUGCUUGGAGAGAACACAUAAAGGCGAUGAGGCUGAUGGAAAGAAUGAUGCUUCUCCAAAGGAGCCUAUAAUUAGUGAGGCUGAUGGCAAGAAUGAUGUUUAUCUAAAGGAGCCUAUAGUUAGUGAAGAUGGCGAUGAGGCUAAUGGUAAGAAUGGCGCUUCUCCAAAGGUUGCUAUAGUUAGUGAGGCAGAUGCCAAGAAUGAUGCUCCUCUGAAGGAGCCUGUAGUUAAGAGAAGGGCAACCAAGAAGAGAAGGACCAAAACGUUGGGAAAGGAGCAUAUGCUAAGCGAUCAAAAUAAUAACAUGGGACAGGUGAAUGUUCAAAAAGAUUCUAAAAUCAUGGAGUCCAAUGCAGUGCAUAUUGUGCCAACUCAAGAUCAGGAGGUUACACGUGAAGGCAAUGUUGUCCAAUGUAGUGCGGCUGCUACAAAUCAAAGAAUCCGACAAACAAGUCCUCUAAUAACGGAUAAAGGUCUCUUUUUUAUUGGUGCUACUGAGCUACAAGGUGUCAAAAAACAAAAUGAAGAUGCUGAACAUAGUGGAAGUAUACAUGCUGGAAAGGGUCCUAUCCACAAAGUAACACUCGAUGAUGGGAUAAGAAUAGAGGAUCUGGAUGUGGGAAAGGCUAAUGGCAAAAUUGCAUCUGAUGGCAGCAAGGUUACUGUGAAAUAUGUUUGUAAGUUGAUGAAUGGGCAAGCUGUCGACCCUAUGGAUGACAAUAACAUUCUAAAGUUCAAGCUUGGCAAGUGA